AUGGCAUCCCGUCUCCCCUAGUCGAUACCGUUCUCGACGCGGCGCAAUGCGCUCUCAGGCAACCCACUCGCAUAUUUGCGCCGGGACUUGCGGUCACGGAUACAACAGCUUAUCUCGUCGUCGUCGAUCAUGAGGCCUGCCGAAUCGCUACCAUUUCCGACUGCUGGGACGAGGGUUUUGGCGAGCUUGGGGUCGUUGUUUCGAUUCUAUUGGAACUCGAUAUCUACUCCGCGGGACUGAGCCCUCUCUUUCGCUACGAGUGCCACGCCAGUACUGGUUUCACACCCAUAUCAUUCAUCACACAGUACCUUCGAGAAGGCGGGGACGAUGCUCGCCUCAUCGGCCGCACCGUUGAAUUCAUCGACGAGGAACCCGUCGAGCUCAUCGACUCCGCAGUUGCAAGCGGCGGUCCAUCUUUAGCCGCAGCACCGCUGUGUUCCAGCUGACUCGACCAAGCCUCAUGGUGCCAUUGUCCGCUUCAGCUCCGGCACCGUCUUUCGUGCUCAAGAUCCAAUACAAUACGCCCAACCGCAUUGAGUCCGAAGCGAGGGUUUUGCGAAUGAUUGAGCAGCGUUGUGCGUCCGCUCCUCCCGAACUGUCAGCGCUGAUCCUCAGCCACACCGCUCGUCUAGAGAAGGCCAAGUCGUUCGGCCUUCAUUGCUCGCAAAUGAGGGAUAUGAGCCUGCCGAUACCGGUUGAUCAAGAAGAAGAAUCUCAACAGCGGGUUCAGCGACGGAAGCUUGACCUGCUCAUUCUGCGCAAUCCUAGUCCACUUCCCACCCGAGUUGACCGCGCUGCGAGUCGACGCCACCCGCUCAAGGAUGCGUACCAUGUUUUCGACCAGCUACUCACGCUUCUGCCGGUUCUCUAUGAUCUCGGCAUUCACCAUCGCGACCUGUCGCUCGGCAACAUUCUCCACUAUCGAGGGCAUCUUGUUCUGGUCGAUUGGGACACGGCCAUUGUUGCACCCUCGGAUGAGCCCGUCCCGAUAUGUGCUGCAGAUGACCGCAGUGAAGAAUCCGUCAGGGUGACGCUCACCACGACCCCCUUCAGCGUUCUUCUCUGGAUUCUCAAGGAAGGUUGGAUGGAUUUCCCAUCUCACAUUCUGGCGAACGAUCUAGAGUCGGCGACGUAUUGGUUCAUGCUCGUCUUGGGUUCCUUCCGGGAGGAAUCGACGGGCACCGGGGUCUGGAGGGCGCUGUACCUGGCGCCGAUGCGCGCGCAACCGUCCUUGGGCCUUCUCGCCUCUGGCCGUCUGAACCUUUGGAGCAAUUCCGUCAAGGACCAACGCAAGCGCAAUGAGUUGCUCGAAGCUGUUCGCGAGCUCGAUCCGGCAGAAGGAAAGGUGGUCGACAUGUUCACACGUUUCUUUCCCGCCUGGGGUCUCCUUCCAGACCAUCUAGAACGAACGAAAGCUUUGAUGGAGGACAUGCAGGUCAAGAUGAGAGAGUACCUUGGAUUGCAACCUCACUCCGAGUAG